AUGUCGCGGUAUUGUUUCGCAAAAAAAAAUUCGAAUAUUUUCAAUGGUCAGAAUACGUUGUUUUCGAAAGGGACACAGCCAAAGAAAGAUUUUUGUUUGAUUUAUUUUUUCUUUCUUUUGAUUCAAUUAAAAAGAAAAAUGAAACGACAAAAAAAUUCCAUCCAAAAUCGACCAAGUUGUUCACGAUCGGAACAACAAAUUGAUGAUGAACAAUUCGAAGAAGAUCGUAGACGUAUACAAACGAAUAUUCGUGAUAAAUUCAAAGAUGAAACAAUGAUUGUAGUUAAAUCAAUUGAUGAUUUUUCUACUGUCGAUAAGGCAUAUGAAUAUAUUCGACAAUUAUGUCUACAAUCAUGGUUGAUAAAACAACGAUCAUUACCACCAAUAGUUUGGCGUCAUCAAUUAUAUUCAUUAUUCGAGGAUUCAUCUAAAGUUGAUGUUGCAUUAGAAACAUUGAUUGAUGAGGAUCAAAUUCGAAUAAUUUGUCAUGGAGAAUCAUCACGUGAAAACGAUGCAAUCAUAAGAAUUGAUGAUUUUAUCCGUUAUUAUCAAAAGGAUUCCGGAUCAAAAAAUUUAUUCAUUGAAUUAUUCAUGACAAAAAUUGUACGACGUAUAAAACAUACUGAAUAUAGUGAUAAACAAUUGAAUGAUGCUGGAUUUCUUUCCGAAGCUCUUUCAAAAUUAUCAUCAUUAGGUAUGCUCACUAAAAAUGAUCUAGAUCAUCGCCAAUUAUCAUUUGCUGGCAUCGGUAUUAUGGUUCAAACAUUGAAUAAUGGCCGCGAACAAUUGGUUAGAAUUUUGAAAAAAUCCAAAUAUUCACAAUUAUUACAAAGUGAAUUGAUCAAAAGAUAUGAAUGUCAACAACAACAACAACGAAAUCUUAAAGAAUUAAAUCAAUUUGGUCUAGAAUUUCAUCUAUAUGAUCUUUAUGGACGGAAUAGUCUUGUCCACCGACAGUCGCAAACAAAUUUACCCGGUGAUUCAAUGAUUCAGCUAAUAAUUCGAUAAUAAAUUAAAUUUGAUUAUCGAAAUGAAUAAAUAUAU